CUAAUAUAUUAGUUCUGGCAGGCGGCAGCAAUACUUGAGCACCAAUGGAGUUCUCUAUUUUCAGCAAAACACUAACGAAAUCCGAUUGCCUGGUUAAAUUUGCGAUCCCGUGCCCACGUUUGAGCCUGUUGGUGGAGGAGUUUAAGCAGUUGAUGUAUCAAAAGGAAGAGGUUUGGGCAAAUGUUGAGGGAGAGUUGACUAUGCCAACUCAAGGGACAUUCCAUGUUGUGAUGAAGACUCCUACUGGACAAUUAUCUGCCAAACAAUUCAGGAAACGAGAACAAGAAAGGAUGAAGCUGAUUGAACGGAUGCAAUCAAAAGUCAGGAAAUGUCAGUCUCAACUUAGUUCAUUGAUCAGCAACACUAGACAAGAUCAGCGCAUUAAGCUGAUUCGACGGAUGCAAUCAAAAGUCGGGAAAUGUCAGUCUCAACUUAGUUCAUUGAUCAGCAACACUAGACCACAAGAUCAGCGCACUAAGCUGAUUCGACGGAUGCAAAAAAAAGUCAGGAAAUGUCAGUCUCAACUUAGUUCAUUGAUCAGCAACACUAGACCACAAGAUCAGCGCACUUUGUUUGUUGAGCUGCUGCCAACAGAUGUUGAUGUUGAGAAUACAGAGAUGAAGCUGGAAGAUUCCAAAAAAAUGUCCAUUGAGCUACAGAAACUUAAAAUAGAGUGGGAACAUUCUAGGAAGUCUCAAGAGUGGAUGGAUUGUCGGAUGCAAAAACAAGCCAAAAUGAUGGAAGAAUAUCAGUCUCAAGUUAGUUCAUUGAUCAGCAACAAUAAAUCCCAAAAUCAGCAUAUCCACUCUUUGCUUCUUGAGCUGCGGGAGGUGUAUAAAGAGAAAGAAGAAUUGAGAAGGGGGAAUGUUGAAUUUAAAAAGCAGAAUGAAUAUUUGAAGAAUCUGAAGACCCAACAACAGCUUGUGGAUUUUAAUUUUUCUGAUCAAGUAAACAGAGAGACGGGAGAAUAAAUGGGAACUAGUUCGCGCAAGAGAGCAGCUGUGAAGUGGCUGAUAUGAUAUGGAAAUUGGAUUUGCUCAGCUUCUUUGUUCAAACUCCUGAAUUUGCAUGUUUCUAUUAUUGUUGCACUUGAUUUGCUUGAAUGUACGUUUCAUACUCCUGAAUUUGCAUGUUUCAAUUAGUGUUGUACUUGAUUUGCUUGAAUGUUCACCCUUCGUUUCUGUAUUUUGUAAUAUGUGCUGAGACCUAUUUAUGUAUAAGUUGUGACUUGUGAGUGUUGGUGAAACAAAAAUGCUGGCAUGUUUCAUGUCAAGGAUAAAACCA